AUGGCAGAUCGAGAGCAGGCUGUCACGCUGCGCACGCGCAAGUUCAUCCGCAAUCCUCUACUUGGGCGAAAGCAAAUGGUCGUUGACGUCCUCCACCCUAACCGCGCAAAUGUGAGCAAAGACGAAUUGCGAGACAAGCUCGCCGCACUUUACAAAGCCCAGAAGGACCAAGUCUCCUGCUUCGGCUUCCGAACGCAGUAUGGUGGUGGCAAGACGACAGGUUUUGCUCUGAUAUAUGAUAGCAAGGACGCACUGGAAAAGUUCGAGCCGCAUUACAGACUCGUGCGAUAUGGGAUGCGGAAUAAGAUCGAGAAAGCCAGUAGACAGCAGCGCAAGCAAAGAAAGAAUCGUGCCAAGACUGUGCGAGGCACUGCUAAGAACAAGGCGAAGACUUCAGAUAAGAAGAAGUGA